GCGGCUGUGGAAGAUGGCCGAGUCGCCGGAGGAGGUGGCUGUGCUGGUGCAGCGGGUGGUGAAGGACAUUCGCAACGCCUUCCAGCGGAACCCCCACAUAGACGAAAUUGGAUUGAUACCCUGUCCUGAAGCCAGGUAUAACCGGAGCCCUAUUGUCCUGGUAGAAAACAAGCUUGGUGUGGAGAGCUGGUGUGUCAAGUUUCUUUUGCCAUAUGUCCACAAUAAACUUCUCCUCUACAGACAAAGAAAACAAUGGCUGAACAAAGAUGAGCUGAUAGAUGUCACGUGUACCCUGUUGCUGUUGAACCCUGACUUCACCACUGCUUGGAAUGUGAGGAAAGAAUUAAUACUGUCUGGCACUUUAAAUCCACUUAAAGAUUUGCAUCUUGGAAAACUGGCGUUAACCAAGUUUCCAAAGAGUCCAGAAACAUGGAUUCAUAGACGAUGGGUGCUGCAACAACUCAUUCAGGAGAACUCCUUGCCCAAUCUUGUGACUAAAGGAAACUUGGGAGCAGCACCUGUGGAGAGAAUUCACCGACUAGUGCAGGAGGAAAUGAAUGUCUGCUCUGAAGCUGCUGGGAGAUACCCAAGCAACUACAAUGCCUGGUCCCAUCGCAUCUGGGUUUUACAGCAUUUGGGAAAGCUGACUGUCAAGAUUCUCCUUGAAGAACUUUCAUCCACUAAGUAUUGGGUAUCCAUGCAUGUUUCAGACCAUAGUGGAUUUCAUUACCGCCAGUUCUUACUCAAUUCCUUGAUAGGCAGAACUGUGACUGACAAUAAUUUACUGUUACAAAAUCCAAUGGUAAAUGUGCAAAACCCUAGCCUUCUAAAAGAGGAGAGUGCAGGGGCAGCAGCUGCCUGUGCAGAGGAGCAGAGCGUGGAUCUCCCCAGCCAUUUAGAGGAAGAGUUGGAGCUCUGCACUGAACUGAUUGAUACUUACCCAGGGCAUGAAACCUUGUGGUGUCAUAGAAGGUGUGUGUUCUACCUUCAACACCACCUAAGGAGCAGAAUUCCUCUUCUGAGUGCAGUGGUAUCAUCUGUGGGCAGCAAUGACGAAACAUUGAAUAAUUCCCACUACAGUCCUGCAACAAGUCACAUGGCACAAGCUAUGGAUGUUGAUGGUUUGAAUGAAUCCAGCAGCAAACAAGUUUAUACCCAAGAAACGAAACGCCUGAAACGUGCUCCUGUGCAGGACUCUUUUGGUUCAGAAAUGGAAUACCGGUUCAUUAAUGAAGUAUUAUCAACUUGCAGGGAUGUGGAUCAAGCCAGGUUUGCUACAGCUUAUAGGAAAUGGUUAGUUACUUUUUUAGGUCAGUGAAGAGAGAGUUUAAAGCAUACAGGGUUCUUCUUUUAGUGCAAUAUUCUCUUUUCAGACACAAAUGCAUGUCUUGAUUGCAAGUGUUAGCUAACCAUGUGUU